GCACCGUGACGUUUGCAUAGAAAACGAAACUUACAGAGACGUGGAAAUAAUAGUUGUCACAGAAAACCCGUACUAAUGUGAGAUUUGUACGUUGUUUUCCUACAUUUAUGUAGUUUAGGUUGGCAUUCCGACUGCUGAGUUUGAGUUUCCAUCAUGGAGUCGGAAAAUUACGUUGCUAAACUGAACGAGUUUGUCCAGAGGAAACGUUUGGAGCUGAGCUAUGAAGACGUCGGAUGUUCUGGACCUGAUCACAUUAAAACGUUUACCCUCAGAGCUGUCCUCAAUGGUAAGGCCUAUCCUGAUGGAGUGGGCAAGAACAAGAAGGAAGCCAAGCAGAACGCAGCUAAAAACGCCUUCAGCGGCUUAUUGAAGGAAACAGCUGAUUCUACAGAACAUGCAGCUGAAGCUUCUACUACACCAGUUCGUCAGACAAGCAUCAAUAACAUCAACUACAUAUGUUGGCUCAAUGAAUAUGGUCAGAAGAUGAGGCUGAUUAUAAAACCUAUGGAGACAACCAAACUCGGACAAUUUAAUACAGUUUACUGUUGUAGGUUUGUGGUUGGUGAUAAGGAGUACCCAGAGGUCUGUGGAAAAACAAAGAGGGAAGCUAAGGAGGAAGCAGCCAAGCUGGUAUAUGAUGACAUAUGUGGCCGUAGAACUACAGAGACUGGAGAUGUGAAAUACAGUGCUGUAUCAAGUCCACAAAAGGAAAUAUGGAGUCAGAAUGAAGAUGACUUUUGCGAUAGGACAAAGAGCCUGAGUGUAAAGACAGAAGACAGCAGCUUUACAGAAAAAAAUUUCAUAUCAAUCAUCAACUUCUACUGUCAGAAAACAAGGUGCACCCAGGAUUACAUCCUAGUUGAAAGAUGUGGUCCACCACAUAGCCCUCAAUUUUUCUACAAAUUAGUGAUCAACAACAAGGAAUACCCUGUUGGUGAGGGCAAGAGUGUCAAGGAGGCCAAACAAAGUGCAGCCCAGCUGGCCUGGUUUGCUCUUCAGGAACAGUCAGACUGGGACAGCAAGGUGACGUCCUGGUCAGCUGUGUCUGAUGUUCCACCGUCCAGGCUGUCCACAGCACCGAGCUCACUGCAAUCCGUUGAUGUCAAAUCAAAAAACAUGCCGACAUCUACAAGUGACUCGGCAAUUGUUGUCAUCAGUUCACCAAACCCUUCCAAGGAUCAGUCUCCACUGAAGGAUCAAUAUCCUGAAUUGAAGCCCAAGAUAAAAAUUGCAGCAAACUUCCAUAAUUCUUCUAGAAAAAGAAAAGAGGAUGUAAAGAUCUCUGAUGUCAAAGAAAAGCAUAAAGAAAAAAGUUCCAGUCAGAAACAUUCAAGUCAAUUAGUAACCUCGAGGUUUACGUCAGAAUUUGACUCCAUAGAGCGCGUUGGCAAAGGUGCCUUUGGUUGCGUUUUUAAGGCAAAACAAAAACUGCUGGACAAAUAUUUUGCUAUAAAAAUCGUCCGCUGCAAAGAAAAGGCUCUCCGGGAGGUCGGGACGCUAUCAGACCUCCACCACUCUAACAUUGUUCGAUACUACACAUGUUGGAUGGAGGAUUCAGAAUACCAGUGGGACAGUACAGCUGACAGUAGCACUACUUCACAAUCCACUACCAGUAAAUCAUCUACAAAGUGUCUCUAUAUUCAGAUGGAGCUGUGUGACACCAGAACACUACGAGUUUGGAUAGAUGAGAGGAAUACUCAGAAUGUGAAGAAAUCUCUGCGAGACUUCAGAAGAAGGGAGGAAAGUGUGAUCAUUGCUCAGCAAAUAGUCAGCGGAGUCGAAUACUUUCACUCCAAGAGGCUCAUUCACAGAGACCUGAAGCCUGCCAACAUCAUGUUCGGUCAGGAUGGAGAAGUGAAGAUUGGAGACUUCGGUCUGGUCACUACUGAGACUGACGAUGAUGCUGAGAAUUUGAUGGAGAGAACAGAGUACAAGGGAACACCGUCUUAUAUGGCUCCUGAGCAGAAAAGCAGGAGCACAUAUGACCGAAAAGUAGACAUAUUUUCAUUGGGGUUGAUAUAUUUUGAACUUCUUUGGAACCUCUCUGCGGGCCCUGAAAGGAAAGCGAUUUGGGACGAUGCCAGAAGCCAGAAACUUCCUCAUGGAUUUUUGCACAAUUUUCCCCAAGAGUACCAAAUUAUAAGGUCAAUGCUGUGUAUGAAGCCUGAAGACCGACCUGAAGCAAGUCAACUAAAGAAAGAGUUUGAAGACUGCGCUCAUGCACUUUAUACCCUAAAACAAAUGAAUCGAAAGAUUAGAACUGUCUGACUAUUUCAAGGACCCACUGAACAAAAAGUACACAUAAGUCAUGACAAGUAUGACUAUCUAGUCAGUAUCACAUUUUGUAAUAUAUGUAUGAUGUGAACGCUAAAGGUACUGUCUUUUUUUAACAACUGGAUUUUCAUUGUCUGAUGCGAGUCAUGUUUAUAUGGUAGAAAAGAGUUCAUAAACUUCAUUUUAGAAUGGAAACAUUUAGUAAAAUUUGUACUAUUGUCUCGGGAACUCACUGUCUACUACAAGUAAUUUAUUCUAAUCUGGAAAAGGUUGUAUAUAUAUAUAUAUAUAUAUAUAUAUAUAUAUAUAUAUAUGUAUAUAUGUAUAUUAAAAGUGAUGCAAUCUUGUACAAAACAACAGAUAUUUUUCUGAGUGUCACAAAAAGGCUGCAAUAUGAUCUUGAACAGCCAUCUGAGUAAAUUAUUUUAGUGCA